UGAUGGGGAAAUUAUUAAAGAGGCUUUAUCAAUUUUUUCUAAUAACUGUAAUGAUAAAAAUAUAAAAACUAAAGCAGACGGUAUUUCACUUUCGAGAAAUACUGUAACAAGACGAGUAGAGGAGAUGUCAAACGAUAUUAGCAACCAAAUAACACAAACCGUAACGAAAUAUUUAUUAGAGCUCAGCCAGUUGGAAACUACAAGUACCGGAAGAGACAUAUUUAUGAAAAUCAAGGAAUGUGUCGACAGAAAAGGUAUAGCAUGGGAAAAAAUUAAUUCUGUUUGUACUGAUGGAGCACCCGCUAUGACGGGAAAAAUAAAUGGUUGUGUGGCCUUGUUAAAACAGUUCUUAGGCCGGGAAUUAUUUUCAUAUCAUUGUAUCAUCCAUCAGGAAGCUUUAUGUGCCAAAGAUAUGAAGUUUAAUGAUGUUAUUGAUCCUGUAGUACGCUGUAUUAAUUAUAUCCGAGCCAAAGCUCUUCAUCGAAGACAAUUCAGGGUUUUAUUUGAAGAAGAAAUCAAUGAAUUCGGUGAGUUACAUUUGUAUUGUGCUGUCCGCUGGUUAUCUAAGGGUGAAAUGCUGAAACAUUUUUUUCUUUUGCGGAGAGAGGUCUUGCAAUUUUUAGUAGAAAAGCAGGCAAUGCCUGAUGAGCGAGAUUUACUUGAAAGUGAAUCAUGGUUAUGCGAUCUUGCGUUUUUAAUAGAUAUUACACAGCACCUCAACAUACUUAACUGGAAGCUGCAAGGGAAGGACUGUUCGUUACCAAUAAUGUUCAAUUUGGUUUAUGGAUUUAAAGCGAAACUCUCCCUUUUUUUUGACAAAUUUGACUAGAAAUAAUAUCGAUCAUUUUCCUACGCUUGUAGAUAUAAGAGGAAAACUAGAAAAUACUUCACCUGACAUCUCGAAAUAUCAAACACAAAUUCAAUUAUUGUUGCAGUCUUUUGAGAACAGAUUUCAGGAUUUUGAGAAGGACAAAAAUAAUAUUUUGUUUUUCAUGAACCGAUUUUCAAUCACUUUUAGUGAAAUACAAAAAUAUUCAUGCAAUAUCCAGUUGGAAAUCACAGAAAUUCAAAACCACGUUUCCUUGAAGCAGAUAUUUACCGAAAUUGUAUCAUCACAACCACAACUGCAGUCUUCAGAAAAUGUAUUAAAAUUUUGGAAAUUAGUACCAAAAGAAGACUUUCCUGCAACGUGUGAUCUUGCCUUGCAGAUUUCAAGCAGAUUUGGAUCAACAUAUAUUUGCGAAAAAGCUUUUUCUACUCUAACCUAUGUCAAAAAUAAAUAUCGUAGUUCGUUAACUGCGCCUCAUAUUUCAGAUUUGAUGUUGUUAUCAACAUCAGAUUUAUCACCAGAUAUUGAAAAAUUAUUAGCUAAUAAGUCUCUUCAUAGGUCUCACUGAUGUUUUUUUUUAAAUAUUAUUAAAAAUUAAAACAUGUGAAAUUUAAAA